AUGAAGCAUGGGCGUCAGAAAUACAUUAUUUCCGACGGAAUGGUCAGAAAUGAAGUAUUUGCAACCGAGCUUUUAGCGACGAUUGCCGACGGACUUUUGCAGUCGAAAAAAGAUAUUUGCGACGGCAAAAGGCCUUUUGCAACGACAAAAUGCCCUCGCAAAAGGGCUUCUGUUUUGUAG